CAUUCUUCUUCUCGCACUAAAUACUUGGGUUUUCUCCCUCCACCUUGCCUUCCUUUUUGCUGCACCUUCCUCUCUCUCUCUCUCCCUCUCUCUCUCUCUCUCUCUCCAGCUAAGGGUUUGGUUAUGCCUCUCCACGCUUUUGCUUUGAUUUGCUCUCAGCUGAUAGGAGAAGUCUCAAAACUCUCAUUUUUGUAAUUUCGUUACUGCAGUUGCUUGGAUUCUGGAAAAACUGAUCAGAUCUGCUUCUGCUUCUGCCGCUGGAAAGAGGGCUCAGCCGAGGGCAAAAGAUACUGACUCCUCUGAGCAAAUCCCCCGCCAGAUCUCAGAGAGCAGCAUGCUUCAGGCUGCCACUAGAUUUUAGAGAUCUGAAGAGCUUGCAACAUGGAAAAAAAAAUUUGGUUCCGAUCAUUCUUCCUCGAACCCUAUCCCUAAUAUUGAACAUCAUGAGCAGGCCCUCGAGGGGCCAGCAGCCGUCCAUCGAUUGAAAUCAGAUCAAACUAGCAGAUUUUUCCCCAAAAAAGUAAAUGAAAAAAAGUAUAUACCGUUCUCGGUGUAUGCAGUCGGGUAAUGGCAUCAUCAAGUUCUUCCUCCAACUCUCCUUGUGCUGCCUGCAAGUUCUUGAGGAGGAAGUGCAUGCCGGGCUGCAUCUUUGCACCCUACUUUCCCCCGGAGGAGCCGCAGAAGUUUGCCAAUGUCCACAAGGUAUUUGGGGCCAGCAACGUGACCAAGCUCCUCAACGAGCUGCUCCCUCACCAGCGGGAGGACGCCGUCAACUCUCUGGCCUACGAGGCGGAAGCCCGGGUUAAGGACCCCGUCUACGGCUGCGUCGGCGCUAUCUCCGUGCUCCAACGCCAGGUCCAGAGGCUCCAGAAAGAGCUCGAUGCUGCCAAUGCCGAACUCCUCCGUUAUGCCUGCAACGAGAUCCCCAUGGGGUUAACCGUUCCGCCAACUAUGGCGUCGCCGAUGAUGGACUACCCAAGAAUCGAGUACUGCAGGAGGACUGGCAUUAAUGGAGGAAGUCCAUUAUGCCCGGCUCCUGCAUUGGCACUGCCCAGCCUUCCUCCGUGGUCUGGAAACGACUUUCCAGGAGAUCAUGAAAACAGCAAUCCUGUGGCGAUGCAGAUCACAGCAUGUGAACUCCAAAACGAUCACAAAGCAACCAACCUAAGCUCUUUACGGUAACUAUAGCAGUAUAUAUAUGUUGGUUUUUGAUCCUGAUUAUGUAUUGGAUUUAUGGCCAUGUCACGAUGCACAAUGAUUAGAGGGCACCGCCGUACCUUUGUUAGGGAACUUGCUACAUAUGUAAAUGCAGCCGUCAUCUUCUUCCGAAUAUUAUUAGGUGGCUGGAUUGGGUUUGGAUUUCGGGCGAGGGAAGUUGGCAGUGAAGCCGAGGAUCGUUCCCACAUGUUGAAUCACACUGUGUUCCCCAUCUCAGCAUAUGAAGGACGACAAAGGUGACAUCCCUCGUAAUGGUAAAAAUCAUUCUCGAUUAUCAUACGAAUUUUAUGAUAUAUUGCUUGGUCUCAUUUCUGAAACAUCUUCUUGUCGAUCGGUCAUGUUAUGCUACGCACGCAUAGGAUUCAUUCAUGUGCACGACGAGUCUGGUGUGUGCCUUUGUCGAGUAUGAAUGAAAUAGGAUUUUGAAUUGUGAUUAUGGGGCAUAACAUAUAGGCCGUGCCUCCUUUUUCCCUCGAC